GUCAGAUGAUGGAGGACGCUGAGCAAAUCAUGGCGGAAAUUAAAGACAGACGGUUCGCCAUUCAGGGGGCUGGAGCAGACGGCGAGCAGGAGAGGGGGCCCGCAUGUUGCUGGAGAACAUCAGAGCCUACACGAGCGACCCCUCACAAACCGUCCAGGAUGUUCUGAAGUGGACUGCAGACGUACUGAUGGCCUCAAACGUUUCUGUGACAGCAGUGGCAGAGCAGCUGUUAUCUGUUCAGGAGACGGUUGAGAAAACACAGAGGCUUAACCUUAACGGCGCCUCCGGUCUAGAAAAUCUGCAGGCUGCUCUGGCUGAGCUGCAGAGAGAACGAACCACGGCGCCUCCUGCGAUGGAAUGGAUUUACGAUACGAUGAAGAAAACUAAAGACGCCCUUUUAAUGUCUCAGAAAAUUAAAAAUGAAGAGGAGAGUCUUGCUGCUCAGGUAGACGGAGGUAAACUGGAGCUUUUUUCAAAGCUAAAUGCGACCCGGAAGUGUGUGACCCAGAUGGACGCCGUGACCCGGGCUGAGGAGCACGCAGAGGAGCUGAGAGCUGCAGCAUCUCAGUUACAGCAAGUGCUUCAAAAUGUGGCCAAGAGCAGAGAGCUGCUCAGGAUUUUUGGAGCUCACGACAGCGUCGCCCGGCUCUCGCAGGCGGCAAAUCAGGCUUUAAGGGACGUGAAGGAGGGAGGUCUGCUCAUCAGCGCUGAGGAGAUGGAGGACGUUUCAGCUGAUUUACACGCAGAAGCCGACGACACUCGGCGGCGCCUCAAAACGGUUUCACGUGUGCUGAACGCUCAGAGGGACAGCGUGAAAAAGCAGGAGAAAAAGGCAGAAGCGUUGAAAGCGAGCAUCUUAGACGUUGGUGGCAGCAUCAAACAGAUUGAAAGAGAUGAUACCAAUGACCUUCUAGAGUUUGUGAAAAUAACAGCCUCUGCUGUAAACGCUAAAGUCAGCAAAGUAAAGGAGCGCCUCGGUAACAUCAGCCUCGAAGUGAGACGAAUCCCCUCAGCUAGCUUUAGUGGAAACUUUCUGACUGAUGCAAACCGGGCUGUGAAAAGGUUGAACGGAGCACUGCCUGGUUUGGAAGACAAGCUUGAACAAAUUAAGGCUCUGGGUGAAAACACGUCUCCGUCUGCCAACGUAACAGAGAGCAUACAGAGGAUCAAGGACAUCAUAGAUGAGACAAGAAGCUUUGUUAACAGGCUGUCUCUUGCCACCACCUUUAAUGGAAAGAGCCACAUUGAGCUCCACCCUCCGAGAAACCUGGAGGACAUAAAAGCAUUUACAGCCGUUGAUCUGCUGCUCAAUCUCCACCACGGAGAGCCGACCGCAGUAAGGCGGCGAAGGCGGCGGCAGCACAAACACAGAGAUGAAAACAGCCACUUUGUUCUCUAUCUGGGUAACCGAGAUACCUUUGGAGACUACUUUGCGAUGGUCAUCAGAAACACAACGUUGAUUUGUCUUUAUAAGUUGGGCGGAGUUGUUCAUGAGAUAGAAACCAGUCAAAUAUCAACGGGCAAAAUAAACUCCUCUUAUUUUGACAGGAUCGUCUUCCAAAGAGUUUACCAAGAUGCUACAGUUGGCAUCACAAAAAACGUCACAUCACAGAAACCCGUCAGCCUCCCUCCCAAACAGAAUCUACCCAACACGACGAGCAGCAUGAUGAGCCUUGACUCACAGCGUGCCGUUUUCUACGUGGGAGGCUAUCCCGAGGAGUUCAACCCUCCAGAGGAGCUGCGGUACCCUAAGCUCAGAGGAGCGAUGAAACUUUCCUACAUCAACGACAUCCCUGUCAACCUCUUCAACUACAGGCGUGCUGUCAACAUGCAGACAAAGCAGAGCACUGCAAAAAUCCCUCAGACAGAGUUAUGUGAUUAUUAUGACGGGACAGGUUACCGCAUGGCCUUCUUAAAGGAGCCGCAGAAGAUGAAACGACGGCUGUUCAGAUUCAACACGAGCAGCCGAGAGACAAACGCCCUUUUGUUCUGCAUCGGAAAUGAAGAGUCCUUUUUCUGUGUCUGUGUAGAAAGAGACUUCCUGGUGCUUGAAGGUCAACAAGGCGGCCGGCAGCUCAGAAACCAGAGUUCAGCUCAAGUUUCUCUGUUUGAGCAGACGUUUGCGGUCAUGAUUGCCGACAGAUUUGUCGUGCGCUACGGGUCAGAGCAGAUCCACACAGAUCAUUUUCAGACUAACUACACGUGGUGGUACAUGGGAGGCCUGCCAGCCUGGCUCAGAUGGAGACACAACAUCACAGCAGCCCCACUGAGAGGAUGUGUGGAUCACGUGACGGCAGACGCAGAGUUCGUCGAGUACAACAAGACAGUUGGUGUCGGUUGUGGAUGCCCGGUUUCCUUACUGGGCGUUCGUGCGGCCACAGUGUAUUCGGCUCUUCCUGCCGAUUCCUUGUUUGUCUGCAGCGGACAGUCCAGAGUGUCUCUGGGCUUCAGCAGCACAACCAGGCAUGCUGUUCUGCUUAAUUGCGGCUCACAGAGCUUCACCUCCGGUCGUGACCUCCAGCUCUCCCUCGCUGAUGGCUUUAUAAUAUUCAGGGGGUAUAAUUAUACCUUAACAUCUGGGAAAAGGUACAAUGAUGGAGCCUGGCAUUACCUUUCUGCAGAGGGGAGGCCAACAGGGCUGGGUCUCACCAUUGAUAAUGUGAAUGUGAUUCAGAAACAAGCACCUCCUAUCACACGGCAAGAAGAGAAAUUUAAAGGCUGCGUUGCUAACCUUUAUACAAGAAGGAAUGACUCUCAGUUUAUCCCCGCUGAUCUCAGUUCACUGUCGCACGCAGAAGACGUUUUCCCUGGUUGGUGCAGUUUAAAGUUUCAGAGUUUGGCUGGCGCCCACUGCAGACGUCAACAAGCUCAGUAUGAACACCAGUUUUCUGAAGCUAGCUGGCUCAGCUACACAUUCCCUGAAGAAGAACUUAACUACAGGCCUCACUUCUCUCUUCACAUAAAAACUAAUUCAUCCAAAGGGCUGAUCCUUCAUGUAGCAGGAAGAGGGGCCGUCCCCCGCCUGGCUCUCUACAUGGCUAACGGAAAGAUCAGGCUGUCGCUCGGACAAAACAGAGUCAUCCAGCACAAGAGGAAGAGCAACGACGGGGGCUGGCACAUGGUUGAGUUCAGCGUGGAGAACAGCACUUUUCACCUGCUGGUCGACGGAGUGCGCGUCCCCGACGGACAGCUGCCCGGCAACGAGGGAUCGUCUUUACGGCUGCGCAACCCUGUGUACCUGGGAGGGCAUCCGAAAAAGAAGACAGCUAAAGGACACGACAUUCCCGCAGACAGCGUCAUCGGCUGUUUACGGGAUUUCAAAAUGAAUAACGUUGCUGCUCCCGCUCCUGAUUCCAGCCGUGAAAUCCUGCCCUGCCUGGGCGGGCUCACAGAAACGGGGACCUUCUUUGGCGGAGGUCACGUCCUCCUAGAUAACUUCUUCACCGAUGGUUCUCAGUUUGUGCUGUCCUUUGAGAUGCGCCCUCAGCACCGUACAGGUCUCCUCUUCCAUUUUCGAAGCGACAGCACAAGCAGCCUUAAUGUGUACUUAAUGGAAAACGGGGUGGGUGUCGAGCUGAAUGACCCUACAGGUCCCAUCAGUGUGACGGUGGCGCCUCGUGAAAGCCUCUGUGAUGGAAAGUUUCAUGCGGUUACAGUGUCCAAACAGCGGUCUGUCAUCGAACUAGUGGUGGACUCGGAGUCCAAGCAGAAAACGCACUCUUCCACGUCCGGCCCGUACCCAACGCUCUACAUCGGAGGCACAACACAUCGACACGGCGUCCCGGUGUCGUCCCCGUUUGUGGGCUGCUUGCGACUCCUGAAAAUCAACGGGAAGCCUCUUGGACUUGAGACUGAAUCUGAGGUGGUUGGGGUUGUGAGCAUGAACAGAUGCCCAGCAGGCUGAUGGCGUCUACACACACAGCUGUCUGAACGUCAGCAGAACCAAGUCCCGACGAGUCUUACCAACUAUGAGGGGGUGAUAUGGACUUAAAGUCGCAACAUUUUGUGGUACUAUUGUGAUAAGGAAUUCAGUGACUGCAUGACGCGGAAAACAUUACCCCACAAACACAAAUCCAGCUUUUGAAAAACAUUAGUUGCUAAUAUACUUCUUUAGGACACCAGUCACACAAAGAAGUGUGAUUUGUAUCACUAAGCUGCACACAAUAACUGCAUUCAGUCAUAUUUUUACAUUUAUUGGUACUAAUACUCUCACCGUAUUUAUUGGUACUCUCACCGUCUCAAUAAAUACUUUUUUUCUCCAACAAACAGUGGGGAAAAUACUAAAACUAACAAUCUGGACAAUACAGGCGGUUUACAACAAUAAACAAAAUUCUUAUCAGAACAAAUUUAUCACGAUAAACAAUAAAUAAUACAAUAAACCCCUAUAACCAGCAUCGUUUUCCUGCCAGUGAGUGUCCUUCGGUACAAGAAACCAUAAAAUUGACCAACAUUUACAUUUCAGUACUAUAGUCCAUAAACGUCAGCGUGUACGGUCACCCAUUUCCACUUUAUUAUUUUACUCAAUUUAGGUUCUUUGUGAAGUUUUCUCAAAGGAAAACUCAUGUGUUCAUGCACCGAGGAAAAUUAAAAAACAUGUACAGUAAAGGGCUAAAGUACUAUUCUGCACUAGGCGAACUAGUAAAGUGAGAGCCUUGUUUUUUUUUCUUUUUUCUCGGCUCCCCUGCAGACGACGCUCCAACACUCCCGUCCGUCCAUCCUGCCACCACUCAUGAACAAAACUAUCACACACUAUUAAGCUCCUAAAGCUUUAUGCAGAGACUGACUUUAACAUGACACUUAUGCAGAACAAACAAUGAAGAGCCAAAACUGCACCAAGAGAAACGCUCUGAAAAGGCUGCAUGAGCUAAUCAAGCACAGCCUGUUAGGAAAAUGAAUGUUUAUUAAAUUCAGUCCCCUGCUAAUGUAUUCAAAACUAAUUUUAGAGCUUUAAUACGGCAUGGUGAAGAUCAUGGUGAAGUGACUCUUGCCUUCUGUUGGUAAAACUUAAAUAAACAGUUAAUUUUUUUUUUUAAACCAGCCAUACGAGUGGUUCUGUUUUGUGCUAUGAAUACAUAAAAUCUACAAACUUGCCUGUAGAGCUCUGGUUCGCAGCCAGUUGACAGGAACCAGAUCGGCUCGUCUCGUUUCAGCCUGCUGCUCUACAUUUGGCCAUCAGAUGGAGUGCUUCACUUUACAGACUGCGGCCAGUUCGCCUCCGUCUGAUCUCAACAUGAGAGCAGGAGGCUCACAACGAAUUUUGGGUCCAUAAUGACAAUAACACCAGAUUUAGCCUUUAAGGCUCAUUAUGGAGUCCCAGCUGUCUGCUCUGGAGCUGCCGUUAGAAAUGCAAGAUAGGAAAGACGGGUGAAAUUUAGUACUUGUGUGUCUUUAUUAAUGAAAAUAGAUUCAUUUAAAGGAGUGGUAAAAUGCAGUAUGUAUAAAAGCAGCGGAUGGCUGAUAGAUCAAAUAAAUAGUAAGUAGCCGUAACUUUAAAAUCAGUGUCUCUAUGGAUAGCUCAAUCUAGGCCUGUCACAAUAAGCAGUAAAUAAAUUUAAAAAAAUUUCUUGA